CGUAUCGAAACCCCACAUAGGAUUACAAUGGUAGUUUAGUUUAGUCCAAAAGAAUGACAGCAGCAGGUCUGUUUUGUGAGUUCUGACAUGCUCUCUUGAGGUCCAAAAGAAGGGAGACAGUAUAGAGCAAGUGAAAAUGGUGGAUUCAUGGUAUGCUGAAAAUCAUCUGCAGCGAUCAGAGUAUGAGGAUUACUACAAUGAUGCAAAUCCUAUCUAUCCUAGUGGCCUUGUUUGUCUGUGCUCUAUUGCUGUUAUCACUGUAAGCAAACAUGCACAACUCCAAGUAUAUAUUCUGCAUUUUGAGACUAAUGCAUGUGAUGUGAUGAGUUAUAUGCUUUCAGUUGCUCAUAGUUUUGCUCAUGCAGAAAGCUUCUGUAAUGAUAACAUGAUUGACUGGAAUGGUGCAGGAAUCAUCUCUCUUCAAUGUUUAUCAAAUUAUUGCUGGAAAUCAGUAGUGCCCUUUGUUGCUUCCAUAUUAUGUAUCAGAAAUCAAUAAGUCGAACUCAUGACUAAGCUUUUUCCUACUGAACUUUCUAUUUUGUGAAAUGUGAACCUUAUUUAUGUCUUUAGUAUGCCAAUAAUACUUAUGUGAUGAAAAAUUAUAUGAUAAUUGAAGUUGGAAAACUUCAUGUGUUAGUUCUAACCAAACCAAAAAGCCGAUAGGUACCAAAAAGUAUUACUUUU